ACCAGAAGCAAAACAGACGGGCGCGACAACUAAAGUUUAAUACGUUUUCGCUGGCUUUUGAAACUUUUAGUACGAUUUUCAUCGUCACCGGGGUUAUCACGCGCUUUCGGACACAUUCCGCGCGCGCUCGGUCAGCCGGUUGAUAGUGAACGCUGAAGAGAACACAACCAAAGCCGAGUGAAAAUUGAAAUUUUUUUUUUGGUGUAACAGUUAGGCACGUCGUCCAAUCGAUAUCUACAAAAAUGCGGCGGAACAAUCAGCUUUGGAUGGCAACGGCGGUGGUGCUGUUGGUCGCCGCACAAGCUGUGUCGGCGAUUCGGGUAGAUUGGAACACGAACACGGGUCCGAUAGUGCCCCCGACCAGCACACCGGCCCCGGCGCCACAGCCACCGUUCCGCGAACCGGCCCCCGUGUGGGAAGACCAAUCGGAUGACAUCCCGAACCCGAACGUCUACAGAUACAUUCUGCCGCCACCAUCGCGGCCCAAGUACAAUGAUAUCACGCUGGAGCAGCGCAAGCAGCAGCAACAACAACCUGCUCCCCAAGCGAGUUCGACCAUCGCACCGACCACCACCGUAGCACCGGCUGGCCAGAUUAUUGACAAGCCACAGCAAAACCAGCAGCCAGCGAACACGAACAACAACCAGCCCCAGCAGCCCCAGCAGCCUCACGUUGUGCCGAGUCUUGCGGUGCAGUACGUGCCGAACAAGGGCCUCAAGUACUACGCCGUCGUGCCCCGGCACACGGAAGUGACGUACCCAGGUGCCCAGCCCAAGCAGACCCUGCUGGCCACCAACGAUCUGUACGCCGAUCAGCAGCAGCAGCAGCCCCGCAGCAAGUACGAUAAGUACGAUAAGCUCAAUGGAAAGUACAACCCGAAGCUGAAGAAGUACAAGGCCUACGAGAAGGUUAAGUACAUGCCGUACAUUGUGUACUACGACCCGACGAAGCAGCAGUUCUUCUACACGAGCGCGAGCAUGGCAAACAAUAAUGCGUGAUCUUGCUGGGUCCCAUCAAACACUGUGCUUUCUCUCAAAGUGUGCCCGGUGCAAAAGACGCCGGGCAGCAUUUACUACUAAAAUUCACCAUUAGAGAGGUUCGGUUAGGUUCGUCGAAAGAUACACGGAAGUAAGCGACACGCCAUGUCACAAGCGAUGACCCAACGCAACAGAGAGAGAGAGAGAGUGAAGACGAACCGGAGACCCUACAGUUCCGAGCGUUAGUAUGGCACCCGCCGACAGGCCAUCAUCGGAUGGUCGUCCUUCGAGAAGAGUCUUUUGUUGUUGCAAUUCAAAUCAAACACCCGUUUACGAAACGUCCCAACCGUGCGAAAAGUGAGACAGAAAAUGUGUAAAUAAAUGAAAAAUGUUAGUGA